AUGAAUCACCCUUUGACACUCCUAACAAUGCCCCCUAUGCAUGCGUUAGACCCUUUGAAGAAGUGUGACAAAUGCUUGAGGAAGAUCGAUGGAUUCAAUCUCUUUUGUCGCAUAUGCAAUUUUAUGAUUGACAUUAGAUGUGCUUUGAAAGGUAAAGAUAGUUCUUGGGUAUUGAAACCGAAAGUCUUCGGAGCCUUAAGCGUAAACUGCAUACGCUACGACCACCACAGCCACGGUGUGGUUGAAGCUAUUAUCUCGAGGGCAGAAAGUCUCCAUUGUGUUAUUUGUGAUGAGGAAUUGUAUGGAAAAGCUAUGGCAUGUAUGGAGUGUCAAGAGAUAUAUCAUCCUUGGUGUAUUGAAGCUUGGAGAAGAAAAAUAUUCGGCCAUCCACUUCAUUAUGAUCACAUGCUUCAAAUGUUAGAGAUAAGUGGAUCCACAUGCACUGCAUGCAAACUGAUCAUUACAAACAUUGGCUAUACUUGUUCUGAUUGCAAAGUAAAAUUCCAUCUAAAAUGCAUCCAAGAGGCGUGUGUAUCAAGUAAGGUCAAGUCUCACCGACACAAUCUCUACAACUUUUGGAUCGAUGACUCGCAGCUAACUCGAGCAUGUGGUGUAUGUACUAGACCAUGUGGGGCGUCUUUCUACGGCUGUAUUGGUUGCAGCUUCUACGCACAUGUGGAGUGUCUUGGUUUUCCAGAUAAUGUGAAGAACCAACAGCAUCAGCAUUCUGUCUCCAACACCUAUGUGAAUCAUAAAGGAAGCUGUUCUCUCUGUGGUGGAGACAGCCGCGAUUGGAUGUACACGUGUAAUCACUGCAACGACGUGUUUCAUAUGGAGUGCAUAAUGUCCACGGAUGAUCGUGAGGCAGCAACAGAAGAAGAACAACGUCAAGACAUCUAUCUUACAUACCUUGAACAUGAUCUCUUAAAGCUGCUUAAAAAACACAGUGAGUUUAAGAUUGGUUCUGUCUCCCUUGUCUGA